GCGCGCGAGGACCCCUGGGUGGCGCCAUUUUGGAGUGGCGGCGGGCGGCGGCAGCGGUUCCGUGCCCGGUGCCUCGCUCGGGGUCUCUCCCGGUUCCUUCCCCCCGGCGGCAGCAUGAGUGUGGUGGAGCACGUGCGCGAGAUGGCGGCCGCCGGGCUGCACUCGAACGUGCGGCUGCUCAGCGGGCUGCUCCUCACCAUGAGCGGCAACAACCCGGAGCUGUUCUCUCCCUCUCAGAAGUACCAGCUCCUCGUCUAUCACGCCGACUCCCUGUUCCAUGACAAGGAGUACAGGAAUGCUGUCAGCAAGUACACCAUGGCCUUACAGCAGAAAAAAGCCUUAAGUAAAACCUCCAAAGUCAGGCCUUCUACUGGGAAUGCUGCAUCAACACCCCAGAGCCAGUGUUUGCCGUCAGAAAUUGAAGUGAAAUACAAAAUGGCUGAGUGUUACACAAUGCUGAAGCAAGAUAAAGAUGCCAUUGCUAUUCUUGAUGGGAUUCCUUCCAGGCAGAGAACUCCAAAGAUCAAUAUGAUGCUGGCAAACCUCUACAAGAAGGCAGGCCAGGAGCGCUCCUCGGUGACGAGCUACAAAGAGGUGCUGAGGCAGUGUCCCUUGGCCCUGGAUGCCAUCCUGGGCUUGCUCUCGCUGUCGGUGAAGGGAGCAGAAGUGGCCUCCAUGACCAUCAACAUAAUCCAGAGCAUUCCCAACCUGGACUGGCUCUCUGUGUGGAUCAAGGCAUAUGCCUUUGUGCACACUGGAGACAACACCAGAGCAAUCAACACCAUUUGCUCUUUAGAGAAGAAGUCCUUGCUGAGGGAUAAUGUGGACUUGCUGGGGAGCUUAGCAGACCUGUACUUCAGAGCCGGAGACAAUAAAAACUCUAUCCUAAAAUUUGAACAAGCACAAAUGCUGGAUCCUUACCUAAUAAAAGGAAUGGAUGUUUACGGUUAUUUAUUGGCACGUGAGGGUCGGCUGGAGGAUGUGGAGAACUUGGGCUGCCGGCUCUUCAACAUUUCUGACCAGCAUGCAGAGCCCUGGGUGGUGUCUGGGUGUCACAGUUUCUACAGCAAACGAUACUCCCGUGCCUUGUACUUGGGAGCCAAGGCUAUCCAGCUGAACAGCAACAGCGUGCAGGCCCUGCUGCUGAAGGGAGCUGCCCUGCGCAACAUGGGCCGGGUGCAGGAGGCCAUCAUCCACUUCAGGGAGGCCAUCAGGCUGGCGCCCUGCCGCCUCGACUGCUACGAGGGUCUCAUCGAGUGUUACCUGGCAUCCAACAGCAUCCGUGAAGCCAUGGUGAUGGCAAACAACGUGUACAAAACCCUGGGGGCAAACGCACAGACCCUCACCCUGCUGGCCACCGUCUGCCUGGAGGACCCAGUCACGCAGGAAAAGGCAAAAACAUUGCUGGACAAAGCUCUCACACAAAGACCUGACUACAUUAAAGCUGUGGUAAAGAAAGCAGAACUUCUCAGCAGAGAGCAGAAGUAUGAAGAUGGGAUUGCCUUGCUGAGGAAUGCCCUGGCCAACCAGAGUGACUGUGUCCUGCACCGCAUCCUGGGCGACUUCCUGGUGGCUGUCAACGAGUACCAGGAAGCCAUGGACCAGUACAGCAUAGCCCUGAGUUUGGAUCCAAACGAUCAGAAGUCACUGGAAGGACUGCAGAAAAUGGAGAAAGAGGAAAGUCCAACAGAUGCCACCCAGGAAGAAGAUGUGGAUGACAUGGAGGGAAGUGGAGAAGAGGGGGACUUGGAAGGCAGUGACAGUGAAGCAGCUCAGUGGGCAGAUCAAGAGCAGUGGUUUGGGAUGCAGUAAAAGCCUCCUGCUGCUUGUUUUGGCACUUGGACACACCGCUAGGGCCACUCUUCUUAGAAGAACAGGAACGAUUCUUUUUUUCAGUAACAAAGGACUUUUUUUUGUUUUAAUGGACUCUGAAACCAAUUUAUAGUUCUGUGCAUCUCAAUACUGUGGAUCCAGAUUCUUGAUGCCUCUUAUUUAUUAAGUGUAAGGGACUAACUGCAUCCAGCGUUACUUGCAACUUUCAUUUUGAAAAAUUCCUGCUAAAACCAAAACCAUCAGAAUCUGAGGUGUGUAAUGAGCCUCUCGUUUGUGAUGAGAACAAUGUCUGAGUUCUGUCCAGGGCUGGGUGUGCUUGGGCGAGUUGUAAAUACAGUGGUUUGUACUCCUUUGUGGGGAAGGCCUCGCUCAUUUGUGUGCAGCCAUUUGAGUCUGGGGGAGCUACUCGAGUGUGGCUGAAAGCAGCACUUCCCUUUUGCUGUGUUUGUUGAAUUAAUUUGUCUUUUUCUAGGGCAUUACCUGUGCUGUCCAGGAUAAAUUUGGGACGAUGGGCAACUUGGACUUGCUGGACACUUUUUGUAGCUGAUUUCUCUGUGUACAGAAUUGAGCCAAUGGUGGAGAAUUAAAGUAAUUUCUUCAACCCUUGCUAAACCCUGCAAUUUUAAGUCUGUGCAUGAGCAUUUAUUUUAAAAUGCAGUUUAGUUUUAUUUCAGUAUGUUCCUGGAAGGUUUUGCAGCAGUGACUCAAAGCACUUUACAUUCUGUGUACAGCUCUGACAUUUAAAAUGCUAUAAAAAGAAUUAAUCCCUCUUCCCUUGCACUGCUGGAGAAAUGUUAAAUUAUGCAAAUACACAUAUUGUCCUGUUUUUUCCAUGUUUAUAUACGUCCUGGCUUUUUCAGGUAGUUUUUGAAUUCAUGUCUUUUUCCCUCACCUUUUGAAGCAAAUUUGCUUCAUGUACAAAUUUCCAACCUCAGCGUUUCAAGGGUGAACUGCUUUGGGUAAUCUAGAAACUGUUUCAGUUCUGUGGGCUUGAUGUGUGGGAAGAGGAAUUACUUAUUUUUCUUACAGUUCUGAUUUCCUUAGUCAUUACCAAAAUGUGGUUUUAUAAUCUUUAUAUCAAGAGUUUAAUUCCUUUUGUAUUUAUUUUGUUACCACAUGUAUGCUGGAGCACACAGACUUUUUAGAAAGCUAAAAAAAAAUAGUUUUGAGUAUCAGUGGGAGGAAAAAUGGCUGUUUGUUACAAACACAAGACAUGGAAAAGAAGCUUCUCCCUGAAAGGCAGAUAAGGGUAAAAUAUCCCUCUGUGAUGUUGUAUCAAAAAUGCACAACAAAAGAGGCAGAUUAUUGUCUGUUUUGGAAAUGUUCUGGUGUGUCGUGGCUUACCCAGGAGGAGUCCAAUAGUUCAUCCAUUUGAGAAAAGAAAACAGCUGCUUGUCUGCUCUCUCUGGAA